AUGGCUUCAUUUGUCCGUGUAGUUCGGAACCUAUUCUCCUCUUCACUUUCUUCCCAUCGGUUGAAAGACUGCCAUUUCGCUCCAUUAACAACAAAGACCUUACAGAUUGCUGCUUCGCAGUCAUUGUCAUUUGUUGAGUACAAUUUCACCCAACAAACUAACGCCAUAAUCAGAAGCGUAACCCGAUUGUUUUUGCCAAUCUUGACGUCUGCCGCGCCUGUCGUCAAAAGCUAUAAGUGCAGAUACCGGAGAACGUCAAUUGGGAAGGCUCAGUCUCCUAUUCGUAAGGCCAAUGCGACGGAUAACACAGCUGUCGAGCUUGCAUUGAAUUCUGUUGUCAAAGUUUUCACUGUUUCCUGCAGCCCCAACUACUUACUUCCUUGGCAGAACAAGUCCCAGCGGGAAACAAUGGGCUCUGGGUUUGUAAUUCCGGGUAGAAAGAUCCUUACAAAUGCUCAUGUCGUAGCUGAUCAUUCGUUUGUACUUGUGAGGAAGCAUGGCUCUCCCACCAAGUAUAGAGCAGAAAUCAAAGCUGUCGGUCAUGAAUGUGACUUAGCUGUAUUAGUUGUUGAGAGCGAAGAGUUUUGGGAUGGUACGAAUCCCUUGGAGCUUGGAGACAUUCCAUUUCUGCAAGAAGCUGUUGCUGUUGUGGGAUAUCCUCAAGGUGGUGACAACAUUUCAGUUACUAAAGGGAUUGUUUCAAGGGUUGAACCUACACAAUAUGUACACGGAGCAUCACAGUUGAUGGCAAUACAGAUCGAUGCAGCCAUAAAUCCAGGGAAUAGUGGUGGCCCUGCUAUUAUGGGAAAUAAGGUUGCUGGAGUAGCAUUCCAAAAUCUUUCAGGUGCUGAGAAUAUUGGUUACAUAAUACCUGUACCUGUAAUAAAGCAUUUUAUAUCCGGUGUAGAAGAAAAUGGAAAAUAUAUUGGAUUUUGCUCUUUGGGUUUGUCAUGCCAGACUACUGAAAAUGUUCACAUCAGAAACCAUUUUAGCAUGCGACCUGACAUGACUGGGGUUCUUGUAAGCAAAAUUAAUCCACUUUCAGAUGCAUACAAGGUUUUGAAGAAAGAUGAUAUUAUACUUUCAUUUGACGGUGUGCCUAUAGCAAAUGAUGGUACAGUUCCUUUCCGAAAUAGAGAACGGAUAACAUUUGAUCACUUGGUGUCUAUGAAGCAGCCUAAUGAAAAAGCAAUGCUCAGAGUUCUGCGGGAUGGCAAAGAGCAUGAACUUAGUAUAUUUCUCCAACCUAUCCAACCCUUAGUUCCAGUUCAUCAGUUCGAUAAACUUCCAAGUUAUUACAUUUUUGCUGGUCUGGUAUUUGUCCCACUCACUCAGCCAUACCUUCACGAGUAUGGGGAAGACUGGUAUAAUACUUCACCUCGUCGGCUGUGUGAACGGGCAUUGAGGGAAUUGCCCAAGAAAGCAAAUCAACAACUUGUGAUCCUGUCUCAGGUACUGAUGGAUGAUAUCAACGCUGGAUAUGAGCGUCUCGCAGAACUACAGGUUUUGAAGGUUAAUGGAAUAGAAAUUGACAAUCUAGAACACUUAUGCCAACUUGUUGAAAACUGUGGCACAGACAGCUUGCGGUUUGAUUUGGACGACGAUAGGGUCAUUGUCUUGAACUAUGGAAUGGCAAAAAUUGCCACUUUUAGAAUUUUGAAGCGACACAGAAUACCUUCGUCAAUGUCCGUCGAUCUUAUGGGUGUUCCGAAUAAUUAACAAUUUGGACUGACUUGCCCAU